GGGAUUGUUCUUGUUCUUGGCCCUUGGGUUGAUAAUACCAAUCAAUCAAAUCAUCUUUGGCAUUGGACAGGAAAGGAAAGGAAGCAUUACAGAUUUUGAUUUUGGUUAGUUUUCCGUAGAGAGUAAGUACAGGUCGCCAUUUCCAUUUGAUUAUCUUCUGUUAUUAAUUACAUGUUUCUCUCUCUCCACCGCCCUAUCUUCUCUCUCUUCCGAUUUUCGUCCCAAUUUUGCCGAAGAUUCAUCUCCCUCACCUUCUCCACAAGCUCCUCAAUGGCGGAUGAUCAGUUGCUGGACGACGUCGACUGCAACGACGUUCCUCACGCAUUUCUCUGCUGCGUCUGCUUGGAUCUUCUUCACAAGCCCAUAGUGCUCUCUUGUGGUCAUAUUUCAUGUUUUUGGUGUGUGCACAAAUCCAUGAGUGGUUUUCGUGAGUCCCACUGUCCAAUUUGUAGGCAUCCAUAUUAUCAUUUUCCAACCAUCUGUGAGAUGCUUCACCUGUUGAUCCUGAAGAUUUUUCCCGUGGCAUAUAAGAAAAGGGAAAAUCAAAUACUAGAAGAGGAAAAGAUAAUGGGCUACUUCUCUCCGCAAUUUGAUGCCCUUGCAUGUGACUCACAAGCUGGUAAAAAAGUGGAACAUUCAGAAGAUUCUGCUAAUGGCGAGCUGAAGACAAAUACCAAUAAUGACAAAGUUGUUGCUGAACGCAUAUUAGAAGAAAAUUCUGCAGUUGUCGGUCCUUAUGGUCAAAAGACGCAAAACCAUGAGAAGGUUUCAGUUGCUGACUUGCUAUGUCGUGCAUGCACCCAAUUGCUCUUCCGACCUGUGGUUCUUAAUUGUGGCCAUGCACUUUGUGAGAGUUGUAUCAACUUGCAAGUUGAGACACUCAAGUGUCAAGUUUGCGAAUGUUUGCAACCAAGUGGAUUUCCAAAUGUCUGUCUAAUGCUGGAUCAGUUUUUGAAGGAACAAUUUCCUGAAGAGUAUAGCCUCAGAAGAGACUCUGUUCAGCUUAAACUAGCCAAUAUUUUUAAGCGUGAGAGUCCAACUUCUUGUUCCGAUGAAAGGGGCAAGAAGGGUGAAGAUCUUUCAAGAUCGGGUGAAGUUGCUUCUAAAGUGCAUUAUGGAGCUGGAUGCGAUUCUUGUGGGAUGUGUCCAAUCGUUGGUGAUAGAUACAAGUGCAAGGAUUGUUAUGAGAAAAUAGGUUUCGACCUCUGUGGCGAUUGCUAUAAUACAUGUUCGAAGCGUCCCGGUCGGUUCAAUCAGCAACAUAGACCAGAGCACAAUUUUGAGCUUAUAGGACCUAGUAAUGUUAUGUUUCCAAAUUUGAUGCUGGAGGUAGUGACAGGAAUGUUAGAGGAAGGUCCUAAUGACGACGGUUCAGAAACCUCAGAAGACAUGGGUGGCGUUCUCGAUUCAUCUAGCGAUGCUCAUGAGAACGAUGAGGUCGACUCUGAUGCUAGAACCCGUGCUAACUCCAACGAUAAUAGAACGGAUCAAUUUGACUCUAAUCCUACUUAAAAUGUCGAUCUUUAAGCUGGAAAAUGACAUUUUUUUCAGAUGGAGUUCCACUCCGGUUUCUGGAUGAUCCAUAAACUGAAAUUUGUGUGUUUAUUCCCAGGCCAAAUCCAGAGAGAAGGCAUAAAAAUAUUCGACAUCUAUGUACAGAAAAGGACCCCUCAUCUCCUAUUGAAUAUGUAGAGACAGUGRAGAGGGUGGUUUCUUGUUGAAAAUAUAACAUUUCCUUUAUCAAACUCUGAAAAGUGAGUUUUAUUAACUCAAGUUUGCAGUGUUCUUGCAUCAACA